AUGUCGCCUCUCGAUCCGGAACGUGCCGAGCGGAACGAAGAGCUUCCGGAGCUUCGGAUGAAGUGUGACGGCAAGCUGACGCCGCGCUCGCGACCUCCAGCUGCGCCUGGAGUGCGACGAGUGGGAAGCUACCAGGACGCUGCCUUAGACAGCCCCACCUCGGACCAGACCAGCACGGGUGGUGCCUACCCUGAGGUGGCGCCUCCGGCCUCGUGCUUUGCGCCACGGCCGCCGGCAGAGCUCCCUGCGCGCAGCUCCGGGCGCCGUGUCCAAGCCGAGAAGUCCCAGACACCGCGGCAAAAGGGUGGCUCCACCAGCUUGCCACCUGUGCCCCUGACAGCUCGGGAGAGAUAUCGGCAGAGCCCGGACUUGGGCGCCAGUGGCAGCAGCGUGUCCUCAGCGCGCCGCUCCCGAGACUCGCGAGAUCGGGACCGAAGCAGCUCUCAGCAUGCUCGCACCGUGGCCGGGGUUCCUUCUCAGGAGUUGGGCACCAAGUCAGAGCCGAGCCGCAAGCUCGCGAAUACUGUGGCUGCUGUGGCUGCCAAGCCGCCGCAGGCCCGGGCUGCGUCUCCCGAGAUCCGCGGGCCCUCUUCGGAGGCGCCAAGCUGCCCGAGCCCCGCCAUUCUGGACCUGCUGAAUGACGCCUUGGGUCAAGAGGAGGUGCGGCGCAGCAGCUUUCACGACAUCCUGGACGAGAUGGAGAGGGAGAAGGAGCUGUGGAAUGAGAAGAUGGUGGCGCUACUAUCUUCCAGCCCAAGUCCGCCUGCUCCCCCCGCAGCAAGCUCCCCAUCACAGUUGCAGAAUGAAGCUGCGACCGUGGAGGAAGCUGUUCCCUCAGAGCUCGACGUCGAGCCCCCGCCAGCAGAGCCCUUGGAGGACGUCGAGCUUGGCGAGAGUGUCAUCGCUCGCGCCAUGCGCGAAGCCGGGAUUGACCCGGAGUCCACCUCCAUGGCCGACCUGUUUGCCGCUGCCGGCGAUGCCGAGAUCGGCGAGAUCGCCGAGGAAGUCAGCGAGGCAUCCACGAGCCGUGGUGGCUGGCGUUCCUCAUCGCGUAGCUGGGCGGCCCAGCUGGCGCGGCGGAAGAAGGGGCGGUGCGGCUCCGGGAGGACCACGCCGUGCGGCGACGUCUAG